AUGGCCCUUUCCUUCUACGCUCUUCUCGAAGCCGCGCUGCUCGUCCUCAACGGCAUCGCCAUUCUUCAUCGUGAGCGAUUCUUGAAAAAGUACGGUCUCGGCGCUCCUUCCCACUCGUUCGAUGGCUCCAGUACCGUUAAGGAUCAACUCGUUUCGCUCAUUUUCGCCGUGCAAACUGUGAUGCGAAGUAUGCCGAGAAUUAGAUGA